AUGGCUGAAACACACCACUACUCUGCGUUCGCGAACAACACCCACGCCAAGUGGUGGAAGGACCCCGGCAUGCGCAUGGGGUUCAUCCACAUCUUUAUUCUCUACUCGGCCGUCUACUCGCUCGGCUAUGACGGGUCGUUGCUCAACGGCCUGCAGGCACUCCCGGCAUGGAAGAAGCAGUUUAACUCGCCUGUCGGCACCGACCUCGGCCUCAUCGCGGCUACUUACUACCUGCCCAAGAUCCCGCUCACCUUUGUGAUUGCGUGGAUCAUCGACCGGUGGGGCCGCAAGAUUGCGCUGUACCUCGGUGCGCUGUUCAUGCUUGCCGGCGCCUUUGCCGGCGGCUUUGCGAACACGCGCGCGCAGCUCAUGGGCUCGCGUGUGCUGCUUGGUGCCGGAACCGCCGCUGCCCAAAUCGCCGCGUGCGCCAUGGUGCCCGAGCUCGCGCACCCCCGUAUUCGCCACUGGGCCGGCUCGUUCCUCAACGUGACCUACUUCAUUGGCUCAAUCUUCGCGGCGUGGCUCACGUUCGCCAUGGUCUACUACCCCGGCGGUCACAGCUGGUCGUGGCGUGUCCCCACGCUCGUGCAGGGUUUCGGUCCCGUGAUCCUCGCCCUCGGCACAUGGUUCGUUCCCGAGUCGCCCCGCUGGCUCGUCAAGAGUGGCCGCGAGGACGAGGCGCACAAGAUCCUCGCAAAGUACCAUGCCAACGGCAAGAUGGACGACGAGCUCGUGCUCUUCGAGCUGAGCGAGAUCAAGACCGCCGUCGAGGUCGAGGAGGCCUCCAACGAGUCGUCGUGGCUUUCCUUCUUCAAGACCGAGGGUAACCGCCGCCGCUUUUUCGUUAUUAUUCUUCUUGGCACUGCCACCCAGUGGUCGGGCAACGGCAUCAUCUCGUACUUCCUCAUUCCCGUCCUCAAGACCGUCGGCAUCACCGCCCCGCCCCAGACUGCCGGUAUCAACGGCGGCCUGUCCAUCUGGUCCUGGGUCGUGGCCAUCACUGGUGCCUCACUCGUUGAGCGCGCUGGCCGCCGUACCCUCUUCCUCACGUCGUUCAGCUUCAUGUUCUUCUGCUUCGUCAUGAUGCUCGGACUGUCGGGCGGCUACGCCCACACCCACCACCGCGCCACUGGCCUCGCCAUGAUCCCCUUCAUCUUCCUCUUCAACGCUGGCUACGCCCUGUCGCUCACGCCGAUUCCCAUGCUCUACGUUCCCGAGAUUUCUCGCAUGAACAUGCGCGCCAAGUCGGCCGCCCUGCUCCUCCUCUCGCAGAACUGCGCUCAGGCCUUCAACCAGUUCGUCAACCCCGUCGCCCUCAACGCCAUCGGAUGGAAGUACUACGCGGUCUACGUCGCUGUCCUCGGCGCCUACUUCAUCCUCUUCUUCCUAUUUGUCCGCGAAACCCGUGGUCUUACGACCGAGGAGGCUGCCGUCGUGUACGAGUCGGCCGAGGCCCGCGAGGCGGCACUCGACGCUGCUCGCCGUGAGAUGCGCCGCCAGAAGGCUGAGGAGAAGCUCUCUGAGAAGGACGAGCUUUCUCACGAGGAGGAGACGAGGCGUGUCUAAGUAGUUUGGGAUUCAGUUGCAAAUAUGCAAGGAUUGGUCAGCGGAAGGGUCGGUUAGCC